GAAGAGGCGGACGACACGAUCGAAGGCGAGACGGAGGAGUCGAGUGAGAAGAUAAAGCAUCAAAAGGGACGCAAACCUAAGCGAAAAGCGCACAAAGCGUUGUCCACUGACGACAGUCUGAAGAAGGAUCACCNAGAUGAAGAGGCGGACGACACGAUCGAAGGCGAGACGGAGGAGUCGAGUGAGAAGAUAAAGCAUCAAAAGGGACGCAAACCUAAGCGAAAAGCGCACAAAGCGUUGUCCACUGACGACAGUCUGAAGAAGGAUCACCUGAAUAUGGUGUUCAUCGGUCACGUGGACGCCGGCAAGUCGACGAUUGGGGGACAACUGCUUUACUUGACGGGAAUGGUAGACAAGCGGACGCUCGAGAAAUACGAGAGAGAGGCCAAAGAGAAGAACAGGGAGUCGUGGUAUCUGUCGUGGGCUCUCGACACCAAUCAGGAGGAACGGGACAAAGGGAAGACCGUCGAAGUGGGCAGAGCUUACUUCGAGACCAAAAACAAACACUUCACUCUAUUAGACGCACCCGGCCAUCGAGGAUUCGUCCCCAAUAUGAUAGGAGGCGCCUGUCAGGCAGAUCUAUCCGUUCUGGUCAUAUCCGCCCGUAAAGGAGAGUUUGAGACCGGUUUCGAAAGGGGUGGUCAGACCCGAGAGCACGCUAUGCUCGCCAAAACGGCCGGCGUUAAACAUAUGGUAGUCCUGAUCAAUAAGAUGGACGACCCGACCGUAGAAUGGAGUGAAUCCCGUUAUACCGAGUGCUGCGACAAACUUCUUCCAUAUCUGAAAAAGUGUGGAUUCAAUCCCAAGAACGAGAUCUAUUUCAUGCCGUGUUCUGGUCUGACCGGAGCUUUCCUUAAAGAACCCAUCGAUGAGUCCGUCUGUUCGUGGUUUNGCCACGCCUUCGAUAACAUUACUGUAUUUCGUGAGACUCGACAAGACUUGAGGUAUGAAAUUAUCGUGCAUUCGCUGCACGUCUUCAGUUGUGGGCUCUUUGCCAUUGGCUUCAAUCCAACGCUUCCUCACCGCCUCUUUGUC